CUUCCACCAAUUUUACCUAAACCAUCAAUACCAACAUCAAUAACAAGAGCAACAUUAACACCAAUAGUAUUACCACCAUCAUUAUCACUAGCUUCAAUGUCAUCGAUACCAUCGACAUCAACAUCAUCCCUGCCAACACCAACACCAACACCAGCAUCAACACCACCACCACCUCCACCAGCUCCAUCAGCGCCAAGAGAUAUUUUUAGAAAUUCUGGUGUUGCUAAAAAAUCAACGACAAAACAAAUAUUACAACGUGCAUCAAUAAAACCAAAAAAUACUGCCAGAAAAUCAACAACACAUCGACCAUCUUGGUAUUCAUCUGGUACGACAUGUGAUAUUGAUGAUGCUGAUGAAUCAAGCUCAUCAAGUUUUUCAUUUUAUGGAAAACCUAUUGAUCCAAUUGAUCUUGAAUCACUCAAUACCAUAAUGACACUUGGACAUGCACAGAUCAAAGUCAAGUGUUCAAAUAUGACACAAUACUUUUCAAUUGAUCCAAGAGUUUUAGUUGAAGAUGUUGUACUUUCUGGUAGAUUUAUUAGUAAUCAGUGA